AUGCCCAGUACCUCCAUCAUCCUCCUAGCUUUCAGCCUAUCCAUAACCCUCCAACCCAUAACCGCAAUCUCAUUCCCUCCCCCCACCGGUCCCUAUAACACCUCCCUCCUCACCACCUCCCUCAUCGACCACCACCGUCUCGACCCCUUCGCACCGACCAACACAUCUCGCACCCUCAUGCUCUCCAUCUUCAACCCCAUAACCCCCUCCACCUGCUCCCCCAUCCACUCAACCUACAUGAACCCCGCAACCGCCUCAUUCGAAGACCCCCGCCUAACCGCCUUCGGUCUCCCAGACAACCUCUUCGAAACCCUCACCCUCCGCACCUGCAAGCCUAAUCCUCAAACCCGCCGCGCUACCGAAUUUCCCGUGGUGCUUUUCUCCCCAGCGGCCGGAACCACACGACUCUUCUACAGCGCGAUGGCCCAACAAGUCGCCAGCGCCGGGUAUCGGGUUAUCAUGCUCGAUCAUCCGUAUGAUGUAGAUAUCGUGACGUUCCCUGAUAACUCUACUAUUCUCGGUCUCGAUUUCAUAGACGAUCAAACUCCUCUGUUAGUCGAAAUCCGCGCGAAAGACAUGUCGUUCGUGCUGGACCAACUCUCGCAGGCGAGUGUGGCUAAGAAACUAUUUCCGGGGACGACGUGUGGGAUUAACGUGUCUAAGGCUGGUGUGUUCGGACAUUCGUUAGGCGGAGCUGCGGCUGCGGAAGCGAUGUUGUUUGACAAGAGAUUUGCGGGAGGGGUAAACUUGGAUGGUUCGAUGUUUGGGGACGUGGUGAAGAAAGGACUUAAACGACCGUUCAUGCUGUUCGCACAUGCCGGGAAGAAUAUUACUACCGACCCCACGUGGGAGGCGAUAUGGCCGAAACUGACGGGUUGGAAACGAGAACUCAUGCUGGCUGAAAGUGUGCAUUAUACUUUCUCCGAUUUGUUGGAUGUUUUGAAGGUUCUUGGGUUUGGAGGGAUGCUACCGAGUGAGGCGGUGGAGAUUGUGGGAUCGAUUGAUGGUGGGAGAGGACUUGAGGUUGUUACUGCUUAUGUUACAGCGUUCUUUGAUUUUGUUCUGAAGGGGAAAGAUGCAGGGAUUUUGAAGAGACCGAGUACAGCGUUCCCUGAAGUUACUUUUGGGUUAUCUUGA